ACACAUUUCGUCCCAUUCCACCCGUCGUAUACCUACGAUCCCUCCAGCAACACAUUAAGCAUUUCUCUAUCAUUUUCGCCUUAUCCUACCCUCCAUCAUGAAGUUCUCUAUCUCCGUCGCCAUCCUCGCCCUCGCUGCCUCUCAGGCCAUGGCCGUAAUUCCUAUUCCCGUCAAGGAGUGCACAAAGACCGUCGUUGUUCAGCCCACCGAUAUUGGCUGCGAUGCUUUCGCUACCGCCAACGGAAUCACAUUUGCUGAUUUGCUUAAAUGGAACCUCAAGUUGAGGACUGAUUGCGCUAACCUCGAUGUCGGUGAACCCCUUUGCGUCUCCGUGACUCCUGGCACUGGCGGCAACUCGACCAAUCCUGUCACCAAGCCCACUGCCACCAGUGCUGCCGUUACUUCAGUUCCUGCGGCUACCCACGCCUCGGCCACCACCGGUGCCUCCAAGCCCGCUGCAACCACCUCUGCUUCCGUUACGCCACCACAGACUGGAUCUGUCGUCGCACACAACGCUGCUACAAGCACAAAGUCGUCCAUGGCCUUGGCUGCUGUUGGUGUUUUGGCUUCGGUCGUGUACAUGCUUUAAAUACAGCCUCAUCUCUUGACGAGCUGAAUGUCUUGUCGCAACUGAACUGUGAGGUCCUUUAUACCUUCUAUAUCUAUAUAGACAAUCAGCAUCUUACCAUAAGUUAGAUGAAUCUAAUAAUAAUAAAUGCGCGCUGGCGGUGCUACAAC